CCCCGGGCCCGGCUGUCGCGCUCCGCCGCCGCCGCGGGGCUGUGCCACCGGGACGCAGGAGCGGGGCCGGUGCGGGCCCUUCGCCGACGCCGCCAUGCGGAGCCGGGUGUUCGUGGUGGGCGUUGGGAUGACCAAGUUCACAAAGCCUAAUGAGAAGAGCCUUGAUUAUCCUGACAUGGCUAAGGAGGCAGGGCAGAAAUGUUUAGCUGAUGCUGGGAUUCCUUAUUCGGCGGUGGAGCAGGCGUGUGUGGGUUAUGUUUAUGGUGACUCAACCUGUGGCCAGCGGGCGAUCUAUCAUGGUUUGGGUUUAACUGGCAUUCCUAUCAUUAAUGUUAACAACAACUGUGCUACUGGAUCAACUGCUUUGUUCAUGGCCAGACAACUAGUAGAAGGAGGUUUGGCAGAUUGUGUUCUGGCACUUGGCUUUGAGAGGAUGGCAAAAGGAUCCCUUGCUUCAGGUUUUGCAGACAGAACUAAUCCAAUGGACAAACAUUUGGAAAUUAUGAUCAAUAAAUAUGGCUUAGCAAGUGCUCCAGUAGCACCUCAGAUGUUUGCAAGUGCUGGCAAAGAACAUAUGGAGAAAUAUGGAACAAAUCCAGAAUACUUUGCAAAAAUAGCAUGGAAGAAUCAUAGCCAUUCAACAAACAACCCGUAUUCCCAGUUCCAGAAGGAGUACACAUUAGAUGAAGUUCUGCAUUCUCGCCAAAUUUUUGAUUACCUGACUGUCUUACAGUGUUGUCCAACGUCAAAUGGUGCCGCUGCUGCAGUUUUGGCUAGUGAGAAGUUUGUGAAAAGCCACCAGUUGCAGUCAAAAGCUGUGGAAAUUCUAGCCCAGGUGAUGGCUACUGAUUAUCCAAGCACAUUUGAAGAAAACAGUUGUAUGAAGAUGGUUGGCUAUGAUAUGACUAAAAGAGCUGCAGAACAAUGUUUUGCAAAAGCUGGGCUAAAACCUACGGAUGUUGAUGUGAUCGAGCUUCACGACUGUUUCUCAGUUAACGAGUUGAUUACCUAUGAAGCUCUGGGACUCUGUCCAGAAGGGAAAGCAUGUGACCUGAUUGACAGAGGAGACAACACUUACGGAGGAAAAUGGGUUAUUAAUCCUAGUGGUGGCUUGAUUUCAAAGGGACAUCCACUUGGUGCUACAGGCCUGGCGCAGUGCGCCGAACUCUGCUGGCAGCUGCGCGGCCUGGCCGGGAGGAGGCAGGUCGGCGGGGCAAAGGUCGCGCUGCAGCACAACCUGGGCCUCGGCGGCGCGGCCGUGGUGACGCUGUACGGGAUGGGCUUCCCCGGAGCCGCCAGCACUGGUCGUCUUGCAGCUGUACCUCUCAGUGCAGCUGUUGAUGGGUUUAAGUCACAGCUGAUCUUCAAAGAGAUCGAAAAGAAGCUCCAAGAGGAAGGAGAGCAAUUUGUCAAGAAAAUUGGUGGAAUCUUUGCCUUCAAAAUAAAAGAUGGUCCUGGUGGGAAAGAAGCAACUUGGAUAGUGGACGUAAAAAAUGGUAAAGGCUCUGUGGCGGUUAAUUCAGACAAGAAGGCAGAUUGUACAAUUACAAUGGCUGACACUGAUUUGUUGGCUCUGAUGACAGGCAAAAUGAAUCCUCAGACAGCAUUCUUUCAAGGCAAAUUGAAGAUUUCAGGGAACAUGGGCAUGGCAAUGAAACUUCAGAAUCUACAACUUCAGCCAGGCAAAGCUAAACUUUGAGCUUGUUACAGUUAACAGUUGGUACUUGAUAUUCUUGACAAAAAAGUAGAAUGAAACUAGGACAUUAUCAAUCAUGUGGCGCAGGCUGGGUUUGAUUGGACCUCUCUCACUGAAAUCCUGUGGUUAGAGACCUUAAUUCUCUUAAUAAAUUCCAUCAGUUUCUCUAUAGCAAAGAUUUCUAGGCUAAGCUUGAGGCACUAACUCUUACAAAUGGUAUGUGGUGGGUGUUUGUGACCAUUUUUUGUUUUAAUCAAUAUGAAAAGAAUGUAUAAAAUGGAGAGUUGAAUGAGACUGCUUACUGGUGUUUGGGUGAGUUGAAAGAGUGAGGGGAGGUUAUAACUAGUUAGAUAUCUCAAUUAAAUAAUCUACAUUUUAGAAGCUGUAAUAGCAGGUCACACAAAUGCUUUCAGACUUCUAACAAAUUUGCUGCUUCUUAAGUAAAAAUGGUCUUAGAAAGGGAAUCUCUAAAAUCAUGGUUUUUAGAGUAGGCUUUAGGAAUUUGCUACUUUUCUUAUUAAUACUUUGGAAGUAAAAAACCAUUCAGAAGUACAUACAAACAACACCACUGCUUUGACAUUCAUGGGAUUUGACAAUGUUUCACCUUCAAAAAAGAUUAGAUUCGCCAGGAGAGCAGAAAGGGAGGAUAAGCAACCUUUUACCUCUUCUCUCCUGAGAAAAUCUAGUGUUGGUCAUGACAAAAUCCCUAUUAAUAAUGUAAAAAGCUUUAACUUCUGUUUUGGGAAAAUGUAUUGUGGUUGGAAAUUUAAUAGAAAAUUAAAUAUACUUUUCCUGUU